ACGUGCAUCCGGGAAAUCACCCACCAAGCAGAGUCUGACCAUCUGGACUGGCCGGUCCAGUCGAACACAACUCGCCACGCGACCGCAUCCUCAAGAUCCAUCCAUCCCUCAUAUCGAAUCCGGCAGCUUUCGAACACAUCAAGAUGCGCGUCCUCAUCGCCCACGACUGGCGCAUGCCGAAAUUGAUGGUUGGCUUGCUCAUCCUCGAAUUACCCUUGACUGUCCUAUGUCUGGUGCUCAUGGGUGUCGCGGACCCCAAUACCUAUCGCACGAAACUCUGGGCCGAUGGUGGCAAGGCUGGCCUCAACAGUAACCCGAACAUUAUCCUCUAUAGCUAUGCGAAUUACAAGCCCUUGGAACCGCCGCUGGUAUGGAGUCAAUACAUGACUACCUUUAACACCGUCAUCUCCGUGCUCAGCUUGUUCGUCCUGCUCGUCAAGACGGCCAUGUACACCAUGCAUUUCUUCUUCCCUGCUCUCAGCGCUGUCGUUCACGCGAUCCUCGUCGCCCUGUAUGCCAACGCCUUGUACAACCAGACCGCAGGAGAUUACCUCGACACGGAACAUGUUGCGCGCCGGCCAUGGUAUCUCACGCAGAGCUGCAAGACCUAUGCUUCCCCUGGCAAUCUAGGAUUCUGCUACCAGGCUCGAGCGAGCGUCUAUGUUACGGCAGUCAUGGUAAUUCUCUUCAGCGUCUACCUUGGUCACGCUAUUUGGUCAGCCAUCCCAACUGAACAAGAACGUCGCGAGCGUGAAUCAGAAUACCUGGCCAACAUCGAGAUCAAGAAACUCUCGACCUACGUCGGUGGCGGCAACGACAAUGAAUUCGAAAUGGACAACAAGACCGUCUUCCUCAACCUUCCGAAGACUCCGAAGACAACGACAUUUGGUGGACUGAACCCCAUGACGCCGCGGACGACGGCGUUCACGAGACUGAACGGUGGAAAAGCGCCGGAGUCCAGGGUCGUGGCUAUCAGCAGUCCUCCGAGCGCGAGUGCCAGUGCCAGUGCCAGUGCAAGCACGAGGAGUCCAACCGCCGCCUCACGAGCGCUGCCUUUCCGGGAGCAAUUUGGAAGCAGCGAUAACGUUUAAGCUUUUUUGUUCUUCUUUUAUAUAUACAUCACCUUUUAACGAUAUCAAUUUGAGUGAAGGGAGGUCACUGGCGCUUUUUAUGGAUGGAUAGGAGGAGCAUCUCCGCCCGAGUCAUGUUCCAAAUGUGCGAAGAAUUUGAGCGAAAUUAUCAUGAAUCAUCCUACGGUUUAUCUAGCAUUCAUGAGCCUACAUCUGGCUUUCGGCCUCGUAUGUCGGAUCGGUAUUUCUUGAAUCGGGCCGGCAGUUGCCUGCUCGGCUGACUGUACUGUGACGAUGGUGGGGACGAAUUUCCCAAUUCCUGCGGGGUUUUUUCUGAGACAACUGGACUACCG